CACAGAGUUUGGCUGGUUGCCCACAAAUUAGCGAGAAAAAGUCCUCCAUACGAAAAGACGCCUCCAUUUCAGCACGACAAUCAGAACCGAAUAGCCCACUCUCGCCAAAGGAAAGGCAACACAACAUAAACAUUCAACGCACUACACGGCAAGCCAUUAUUUCGGGUAACUAUGGUUGACACCCAAAGGGAUGUGCCGAUUAAGUCGGCCCUCAUCGAGGCGCUGGUGGUGAUGAAGAUCGUGAAGCACUGUUCGUCACAAUUUCCCACGACAGCGACGGGAUCGAUUGUGGGAAUGGAUAGCAAUGGAGUUCUCGAAAUCACGAACGCCUUUCCCUUCCCGACUAUCGAUGUUUCCACUACCGACAGCCACCAGAACGAUGCGUCAAGUCUUGCGGCGGCGGCGCCUCGCGCAAAGGCCAACAUCGUCUACCAAAAUGAAAUGAUCAAACACCUCAAGGAAGUCAACGUGGAUGCGAACAAUGUGGGAUGGUAUACUAGUGCGACUAUGGGCAAUUUCAUCAACCUCAGUUUCGUUGAGAAUCAGUACCAUUACCAGAGGGAAAACGACAAAACUGUUGCGCUUGUUCACGAUGUGAGCCGUAGCUCACAGGGCGCACUGAGCCUCCGCGCCUUCAAGCUUUCUACCGAAUUUAUGGCGGCAUACAAGGAGGCGAAAUUCACCACAGAUAGCCUCCAAAAGUCAAAGCUUACAUUCAAGGACAUCGUUGUCGAGGUUCCUAUUGUUGUCCACAAUUCGCACCUCCUCACAUCGUUUCUACACCAGAUACCUGCCUCGCCAGAUAGUGCGGAGAUUCCCCUUCCCGCAUCACUCGAUGACAUUCGACGGGAUCCUGCAAAGAUUCCAGCGCACCCAUCAUUUGAUACGCUGGAUUUAUCUAUUGACCCAUUUCUCGAGAAGACAUGCGACCUGCUCCUUGAUAGCAUCGAGGCACACUAUACUGAUCUCAAUAACCACCAAUAUUAUCAGCGCCAGCUCACUCGUGAGCAGUUCAAGAUCACGCAAUGGCAGACAAAGCGGAAGGCAGAGAAUGCGGCGCGGGUGGCGGCCAAGCAGCAACCGCUGCCUGAGGAUGAGUGGCAGAGACUUUUCAAGUUGCCCCAGGAGCCCAGCCGCUUAGAGGGUAUGCUCAAUGCUCGGCAGGUAGAGCAGUACAGCAAGCAGGUCGAUGGGUUCACAGCGAGCAUCACGGCUAAGAUGUUUGCUGUCAGAGGGAACCUGCUGCCAGAGUGAUGUGGGCUAGUUGAGAGGUGCGUUGAUAGGGAGGUGGUGGUGGCUGGGAGAAAUUCGGGAGGAGACCAUGAAUUGUGGCCCGGGGGUCUUUGGCAUUGGGUUUGGCGUUUCGGGCUGUAAUGUCGGUUGUUGAUAUCUUAUUACCGAAGCUUGGCCUUUGCCUCACUAUCAGCGCACCUCCGUAUUGUAAAGUCACAGCACCAGGAAUUAGCACAUGUUCCUUCCCAAUUCUUAUUGAGCUGAUCAAGAUGGUUUUCGUGUCUGCAUUUGGGUCACGAGGAAACCGCCCGGUGACUUGCAUUUUUGGGCUUGCCGAGAUAUUUACAGUCUUUAGCCAUGGCCGGGAUAAGAGUGAGAUAUUAAAACCUGCUUGCAUUCUACUGCGUGUGUGGCAACCCUAGGUAUUACUCGCGAGGUCGUUUCAGUCUCGAGGUCC